GUGCUCGGCAGGUAAAUAUCGUCGUUGUGUUAGAGAUAAUUUAUUUUUAUUUAUUGGUUUUUCGACACGAAAACGGGAUUGUAAUUCUUGAAAUAAUCCUUAUAGACUUGUUCUUUGCACUGAUAUACUUAAAUGCAGCGAAUAAUGAAUUGUACAAGAUAAUCGAGUACCUGUAAUGAAUUCGAUAACGUUCACGGUGUCGAGAAAUGGAGAAACAACAGAGUAAUUCACUUCAAAACUUUGAUGACUCAAAAUCGGAAAUUUUGAAAAAAAGGCUACUGAAAUCUGCGAGCGCCUCCGGCAACAACAACUCGCCGCAAAAUAGCUCGCAGAAUGUGGUACUGAAUACGAUACGUGCGCCAACGUCGAGCAGCAUGAUCGUGUCCUCUGUGCAAGCGCCGCAAAGCUCGAUGCCUAUCACACACAGCCUUGUGACCCACUCAAUUGCUCCUGUGAAGAUUCAUACCAAUAGCACACCAUACCCUUUGCAGCUGUCCACCGUACAUGUACCAGUGCAAAUACCAGGAUCCACUUCUAAUAUCAAUGUACCAGUGCAGCUUUCCAGCUCUACAAGCAGCGUGCCAAUACAGAUAGCACCAGUGAGCUUACCAUUACAAAUGUCCGGGACCACAAGUGUUCCUGUGCAAUUGCCAGCUGGUGAGACAAUAAAUGUCCCACUUCAGCUUCCUGGUGCCAGUCAGAACAUACUGACAUCACCAGCUAUGCCCUCUAUGCCCAUAUUGCAAAACUCCAAUCAACCUCUGGGUUCUAUAUUUCAUGUGCACAUGGGGUCGAACCCUCGUUCAGGGAAUAUGGAUGGCAUUUCUGAUAUGACUGUAUCAAGUUCAUCCCAAAUUCAAUUGCCGGACUCAUCGGGAGGUCAUGUGAAAGUUAACACAACUUCAUCAGUGUCUCAAGUGCAAAUGGCUUCAAGCCCUGCUGUGGUGCAGAUUCCGAAUUCAUCGAGUAAUUCAAUACAACUCACUCUACCAAACACAAAUACGGGAGCAGUGCAACUGAGAGGUACUGCAAGAGCUGUGCCCCAUGUGGUGUAUAUCCAAACACCAACUGGCCUUAAACCUGUGACAAGUACUGAUGUCAUAAGCCAAGCCAGCACCAGUGGGAAUCCACCUCAAAUUAUUGUAAGGAGACCUGUAACAAGUAACUCUAAUAUUUUAAUAUCAAAUGUAUCAAGUAAACCCAACAUAGCCCCUAAACCCGGGCAGAAGUCUUCAAUACUGGCUCCAGCCAAUACGGCCCAGCCCAUUGUCAUUCAAAAGCCAAAAACAAAUGACAAAAUGAUGGUUCCUGUGAGCAUUGCACCUGGAAACCAGGGCAAACAGACCAUAGCCUACUUGAGUUCAGUGAAAAAAUCAAAACAGUUACCUGAAAAUCAAUCAAUACUAAUAUCUAACAAUCAAUCAAAUGUUAACACAAAUAACCAAAAACUAUUCCUGACCCCAAUGAAUAUGCCAAAAAUACAAAAUACCAAGUUCAUUUUACCUGUCACUUUACCAGCAACUAUGGCUACAAAAGGGCCCAUAAUAAAUCUCCAAAUUGCUAAUGGGCAAAUUCAAAACGAUCCCCAAGGCAACAGCAUUACUGUUAUGAGGGACACAGGUCCUACAGAGUCUUCCGAGAUGCCUCCACUGCAGCCUUUAGCCAAAGUGAUCAAUAUGAAUGGAAAAGAAAGUUUUAAUGCUAAUUCAGUGCCCCAAAGUCCUAAAAGUGAUAAGACAUUUACAGUCUCUAUCCAAGGGUCUAGAGCUGAGCCCACUGGAGAACAGGGGGAGUAUACCUUGUCUAUUCCAGAAACAAAUGCAGCAAUGAAUGAUGACAUUUACACAGUGUCCAUUGCUGAUGAAGAGGGUGGUCAAACACAAGAGUCUUUCACAUUGGCUAUACCAGAAAAAGGAAAGAGUUUGCUAAACAAGAAUGUAAUUGACAGGAACGACUUGACGCCGGUUCCCGUAGCUGCGCCCGCGAUUCUUCGACGCUCUUAUUCUGACAAUAGUGACAGGAAAACUGCAAUGAAUACAAACAUAAAGAGGCGGAUUUCUCUUUGUAAUGAAAAUUUAUCUGUUAAAAGUUAUAAGCCAAGUAUAUUUCCUGCCAAAAAUGAUAAUCACAAUGAAGCAACAGAAACCAAUGACGACCAUCGCGUGCCAUCGCUGUUUUGCGAUGAAAAACUCGAGGAAGUGAAAGUCAACAUAGAAGAUUCUGAUAAUGAAGAUUACAAAGAUAUGAAAGGUGAGAAUGAUAAACACAACCAUCAAAACUACUAUCACAAAAUUGAUAAUCUUAUGAAAAGGGAUCCAUCACAUAGGUUGAAAGGAGAUAGUUUUGAUUAUACUUUGGAGGAAGAUCCUCCUGGUUUGAUUUGGAAUAACGGGGUUGCUCAUCUUCAAGGGAGCGGGCUGCAGUUCCACACUAAUGAGUUUGGACUUAUUGACGUCAUUGAUGUCAGUGACGCCGAUGAGAUGUUGAUGCCGAGCGCUAAGUAUCAGACGCCGCUUAAGCAGCGGUUGGAGAGAGGAGGGCGGGAGAAGAAACCGACAUCACCAGAGGACAUGUACCGAUGCGACGGGUGUGGCUGCCACGGCAUGGCCGCAGAAUUCAUCACCCCUAACUUUUGCAGCAUUGCUUGCCAGAGUGAUGUGCAAAAGCUAAUGCAGAAGAAAAAAGACAGAGAAAAGAUAGAGUUGAUAAAAAGACGAAAUAGAAUGAAGAAGUUGCUAAUGAGAAAACAGCUCUCUGAUACUGAUUUACUUAUAGAAAAUAGAGAAGAUAGAGUUUCAUUAAAACAUUACGACUCGAUGCCGACAGAUCAACUAUCAGACGUCGUCAAAGUGGAAGAUAUGAUUGAGAACGAAAAGUAUCCAUGGAUGUGCGGGAAGAAUGGUUUUUCGUGGAUGCGCUAUUUGGAUAUUUGUAAAGCUAAGGCUGCUCCUGUGAAGCUGUUCAAAGAUCCAUUCCCAUAUAACAGAAAUAAUUUCAAAGUGGGAAUGCGCAUGGAAGCGAUUGAUCCGCAACACCCGUCGCUGUUUUGCGUAGUGUCGGUGGCUGAAGUACAAGGGUACCGGAUGCGGCUCCACUUUGACGAGUAUCUGGAUAUAUUUGACUACUGGGUUAACGCGGACUGCCCGGAUAUCUUUCCGGCAGGGUGGUGCGAGAAGAACGGGCGCUCGCUGAAGCCUCCCGCCAGUUACACGAGGAGUAACUUCUCUUGGCCGAUGUAUCUGAAGCAGGCACACGCUAUUGCUGCGCCGAAACAACUCUUCCCACAUGUGACUACGCCUUUGAUAAAACCAAACGGCUUCCGGAUUGGUAUGAAGCUGGAGGCGGAGGACCGCAAGAACGACCUGGUGUGCGUGGCUACGAUCGCCGAUAUGCUGGAUAAUAGGCUACUUAUCAACUUCGACUCCUGGGACGAGAUGUACGACUUUUGGGUGGACCCUACUUCUCCAUACAUUCACCCUGUUGGUUGGGCUGAGGAGAACGGCGUCUCGCUUACUCCGCCUAAUUUUUACAAGGAUCCGGAUUCAUUCUCAUGGGAGAGUUACCUGGAGGAGACAUGUGCGUCGGCGGCGCCACCGCGCGCCUUUAAGACGCGCUCGCCGCAGGGAUUCAAGCCUGGCAUGAAGCUUGAAGUGGUCGAUCCUAGGGUGCCGUUCCUGAUCCGCGUCGCGACAAUAAGCGAAGUGCGCGGGCACCAGGUGCUGGUGGCGUUCGACGGCUGGCCGGCCGAGCUGGCCGUGUGGCUGGACGACGACUCGCCCGACCUCCAUCCCGUCGGCUGGUGCCUCAAGACGCAGCACCCGCUCGAGCCCCCGCUCACGCCGGAAGAGCUGGGCGUGCGCGGCCCGUGCGGCGUGGGCGGCUGCCGCGGCCUGGGCUCGCUGCGCGGCGGGCCGCUCAAGCAGCACUCGGCGGCGUCGGCCUGCCCCUACCGCUCGCGCGCCACGCCCGUGCUGCCCGACCGCCUCAGCGAGCGCGCGCCCUCGCCCGACCGCGUGCUGCCCCGCUCGCGCAGGGUUCCCGCCAAGCCCAAGUCGAUCCACGCGAGCACGCCCACCGGCGACGCGCCCAAGGAAAAGUUGCCGCGCGGGAGACCGCCCAAGCACAAGAGAAUCGAGGAGGUGUCCAAGAACGAGGAGCUGGUGGACUGCGUCAAGCUGCGCCUGGGGCCCGCCAUCAAGGUGUACUCCGCCGUGCGGCAGCUGCGCGAGACGCUCACGUGA